GCUCAAUCCCAGAAUGCUGGGAUUACGCCCCGAGUCAAAGGCAGACGCUUAACAACUGCACCACCCAGGCGCCCCUGGAUAUGAGUCUUUUAUCAGAUACAUGUUUGACAAAUAUUGUUUCCCAAUCUGUGUCUUGUCUUUUCAUUUUCUUAACAGUGAUGCCUUUUUCAGAGCAAAUGGUCUUAGUUUUAAUGACAUCAAUUUAUUGAUCUGUUCUCUUCUGGCAGCUUGGAGCUUCCUCUGCAGCCCUGAAUGCACUGGUCUGUCAUCAUCCUCAGACCUCUCCCUGAGGUCCCUGACAUCCAAGUCGUGCCUCCUCCAGGGGACCAGCUCUGCCACAACCCCUGGGGCAGGGAAUGCCUGCCUUCCCUUCAGUCUGCUCAAAGCAGAGGCAUUAGAGCUGUUUCCAGCCCCUUCACAGAGAUGUGUGUGGACCCCACCCGCCUGGUGCCUGCCCAGGGCUUUGGACUCCCCUCCCCGUUGUCACACCCACCACCCCCUCCAGCACUGGGAUCCAGCACUGUUGCUGGGGGUGGCAGGUGGGGGCUUCUCCCUCCUUUCCUAUCUCUGAAUCCCUCUAUUUCCUCAACCCUGCCAGUAAAAUCAGGGGAAAGGAAACCCGCUAUCCUGGAGAGGCUGUCUUCACCCUCCCUCUGGGGGCAGAGACAGGCAGGGAGCAGACUAUCCCUACCUGUGCCACUUUCUCUCUCUCUGUUCCUUGCAGCAGGCCCACGUGUGUCCCGGCUCAGACCACAGGCCCCUGUGUCUUGGUCUGCUCAGGCUGCCAUCACAAACACCAUAGAGUGGGCAGCUUAAACAAGAGAGGUUUACUUCUCACAGUCCGGAGGCUGGAACAUCCAAGGUCAAGGUGCCGGCAGAUUGUACGUCUGCUUCCACGCAUGACUGGCAUCAAAUGAUAUUUGUGUUUCCCGUGGAGGAUUUUUAAAUCGCUGGCUAAGAGAUGUGUGCACACUUUUGCCGUCCUUGCCCUGGGAUCUUCAGCGAGCUGUAUAUGGCUCAUUGGGGUUUUCUGUGGGCAGACUCCUUAGAAAAGCACAAAAGCUGAGGAAGUCUGCAGUUGCUGCUUGAGCUUCCGGAGACAAUUCCCGCAGAAGGUGGAGCUGGAGCAAGGGUGCAGGUGACCCUGGGUGUCUGGUAUCCGAAGCAAGCAACCUUGAGUGACCUCAGUGCCCUGGUCAUCCAGGGCGCCCCGAUCCCUGCUCUGGUCCCUCUGCCACACCGUAUCGAGGCGGUUUAAUGUAAUGUGUUUAAAAGUUAAAAAUGUAAUUUGUUUAAAACUCUUGGCUACUUAGUAUUGGACAGACAAUGAUACAAAGUAGCUCCCUGAAUAGAAGGGACUAGAGGAGGUCCUUGGUGCAGGUGGGAAACCUAGCCACCGUGCACCCGGAAAAGAGAUGCAACCCUAAGAAGAGCAUCUGGAGAGCCAGGACGUCACUGGAAUCAGUCAAAAGGACAGUGUCGCCCUGCCUUGCUGAUGGCAGGAUGGUGCAAGGGACAGGUAGGGGCCCUCCGUCCUUCCUCUCCCCCUCUUCUUCCCUCCUCCUUGUUCCCGGCUGCCUAUCACACAGCCCUGCCUUGCAGGGGACAGUUCUGGGGCUGUCCACGGUCACCAGGCAGCCUGUGGCUACCACACCCCGUACGCGGGCCAAGAUGUUAGCUGUUGAAAGAGGAGAGCGCGGCCACAGGAGGCCCCAUCAGCUUGUGAUUUCCGAUUCAGUUGGGCCGAAGCUGAUAAGGAGAGGGGGCUGCCCACGAGGGCCACACUGGCUAGCUGCUGCUGAGUGCUGGUCUUGCAGGGGUGGAGUCCCUGGUCCUUAUCCUGUCCUGCACUUACUCAUUGCCCUCAUUCGCUCCCCCCCGCCAGCCCGCCAGCCAUUUGUUGUAUUUAAUGAGCCAAACAUUCUCUUAACAGUCUCUUAUCCUGGGACGGAUAGCCAAAUGAAUAAGAUCUAGCCUCUGCCUCCCCAGGACUUACUGGGGGAGGGUGGACGGACAAGGCAGCACUCAAAGACAGAGAUACGAGAGAGAAUAUCAUUCCAGUCACAUGAGUGGGCACAGACAAGUACAUAUGGCAGGGAGACUGAGCCAUGGAGCAAAUCAUCUUCCUCUCCUCCUCCUCCUCUGCCUUCUUCUUCUCUUCCUCCUCCUCGCCCUGCCCGUCCUCCUCCCCGUCCUCCUCCUUCUCCUCCUCCUUCUCCUCCUCUUCUUUCUUUAAAUGUCCUUUUCUGCAGAGCCCACUCAAGCCCUGGCAGAAAAAAAGAUCAGUCCCUUCUUUGGUUGCAAAGGAGAAACCCAAGCGACAGAAAUCCAGCUCAAACCAUCUUACUGAAAAAAGAGGAGGACUGAAGGGGACCCCACAGCACAUGCUUCAGCCUGGAGCUCAGGGGCCGCCCAGACCACUACGGAGCUGCAGGUGUCCAAGAUACCUGGGAAGGGUCACAGUGACGGGAUAAAGCCUGGGCUUGGGGAUCAAGGAACCACCAGGUCAAGAUGCACCUUGCAAGUCACACCAAGGAGUCUGGCCAUUCUCCUAAAGAUCUGGAGGCUGCCGUGGAGACUAAAGACAUCGGGGUCUCCGGUGCUGGCAGCCUCCCUGGGCAGGACUGUGGGGAGCCAGUCAGCAGAAAGACUUCGGGAACCGAGUUCCUCCUGAACCAAGAACCACCCCUGUGCAGAAAAUCAACCACUUUACUUUCCGUUCUGCUGCCUGAGACAACCACAUCCCCCUCACACAUACCCCAGGCUCCCAUGGAGAGCUCAGAUGUGGAGCUGGACCUCCAGCGGAGUGUGCAGGCCGUGCUCCGGGAGCUCAGCGCCCAGGCCCCAGCCCUGCAGAGCAACCAAGGCAUGUGGAGAUGGUCCCUGCACAAGAAAGUCGAGCGAGAUCCUGGUAAGAGCCCAGUGCUGGUCCGCAUUCUGCUCAGAGAACUGGAGAAGGCAGAAAGCGAAGACCUUCGGCAUGUCAUCAUUCCCUUGUUGCAUACUCUACUGUACGUACUCACCAAGGCCAUCGGCAUCACGGAGGAGCUCUACCAGAGAACGUACAACUUCUGCACAAGAUUGCUAACCCUGCCUGCCCCGUACUGCACGGUGGCUUUGGACUGCGCCAUAAGGCUGAAAACAGAGACAGCCGUCCCAGGGACGCUGUACCAAAGGCUGAUCAUUGCCGAACAGAACCUGACGAGUGAGCUGUACCCCUACCAGGAGAGGGUGUUCCUCUUCGUGGAUCCCGAGCUGGUAUCUCCCUCCGUGUGCAGCGCCCUGCUGCUGGAGAUCGAGGCAGCGCAGGUGCAUCAGACCCCGGAGGCCUGCAUGCGCCACGUGGUCUCCCACGCCCUGCAGGCCGCGCUCGGGGACGCCUGCCACGCCAGCGCCCUGCAGCGGAAGCUGAAGGAAAAUCUGAAAAAAUGCAUGCAUGUGAGCCAAAAGAGGAAACAAAAAUCCCUCGCGCCCCUCCACCGAGACAGAACAGCAACUAACACUGUGGUCUGUUCCCUGAAUCAAACUGAGAACGCUCAUCAUCGAAGCUGCUGUCCAGUGAGUGUCAGCUGUGUUCCGGGUGCUGCGCUGAAUGCUUCGCGUGUAUCACAUUUAAGAAUUCUCACCACAGUAGUCUUCCCAUGGCAGAGAAACGGAGGCCCCAAGAGAUUCAGUGAUUGGCCAGUUUGCCUAGGGGACCCUCUGGCCAGGAAGAAAGUGCCAGGGACCGGGCCUGAUGGGUCCCCUUGUCCCCAGGAGCCGGCGUCAUGCAGACAUUCGGAGCUCAGAGAGCUGGCCACGUUCCUGGGCCGCGCAGACCCGUGGUACCAAAGCACGGUCAACACGCUAUGCCCGGCCAUCCACAAGCUGGCAGAGAUGCCCCCUUCCCUGGACACAUCCCGGACUGUGGACCCCUUCAUCCUGGAUGUUAUCACCUACUACGUCCGCAUGGGCACCCAACCCAUCUACUUCCAGAUGUACACAGUCAAGAUCUUCAGGGACCUGAGCCAAGACCCCACAGAGGACAUUUUCCUCACGGAGCUGAAGGUGAAGAUCCAAGACUCCAAAUUCCCCAAAGAUGGCUUUUCACCCAGGAGGAAGGGCGCGGCUGAGGGCCCGGGGGCCGAGCUGUCCAUCUGCUACCAGAAGGCCCUGCUCAGCCACCGCACCCAAGAGGUCACCGGUUCCCUGCGGGCCACUGGGCUGGUCCUGAAGGCUCUUCCAACCAGUGACACUGACGGUUCGGGGCCCACCCACGCCCCACCAUCUGCUGCUCCCGUCACAGACCACAUGUGCCUGAAUGUCAGCGUGACGGAGGUGGUCAAGUCCUCCAACUUGGCGGGCAGGUCCUUCUCUACGGUGACAAACACCUUCCGGACGGCCACCAUCCAGAUCCAGAGCCAGGACCAGAGGCUCCUGACGCUGUUGCUGGACAAGGACAGUCGGCGCACGUACAGGGAUGUGGUCAGGUUCGAGGUUGCUCCCUGCCCAGAGCCGUGUUCCGGCGCACACAAGUCCAAGGCGCCGUGGCUCGGUUCACAGCGGCCGGAGGGGGAUGGGACCAAAGCCAAGCCCAAGCCCCUUCUGAUGCCCAUCAACACGUUCUCCGGCAUCGUCCAGUGAGCCCAAAGUGGCGGCAGAAGUGCCGAGUCCGAGAGCCCCAGACCAAAAGGAAGGACACACUACCUCCGCCAGCCUCCACACACUCACACCCCAGCCGCUGGGACAAGGCCUGUGAGUCGGAGCCAGUGAGUGACCGGAGCACAGGGAGCUCGGCUGGGGCAGGUGAUGGAGCAGGGCCCCCUCCCAGGAAAGCUGCACACACGCAAGCAAGACCCAGCUCCGUGCACAAAUGUCCACAUGCCUUCGUUCGUUUUUAGUUCCCACCUCUCCCACUCAAGCUCCCCCCUCGCCCCUUAAAACCCAAGUGAGAGCUGCUAUUUUGUCCAGGGCCCCACGGCCUGGGGGGAAAUGGGAAGCAGGGCAAAGUCACCUCCUCUCUCCUGAGUCUGUCUCUUUCCCUCCCUCCAGCCACCGCCCACGCCCUGCGUGCCCAGGCAGGUGUCUCUCCUGGAGGAGAGGAAAAUGUCAGAUUCAAUAAAGGCACAAUAAGGCACUUUUGCUUUUAUCUAA